AUGUUUGUAUUUUCAACUUGGCUUGUGAGUGCAAAGUCGGCUGGAUACACUUCGUAUAGCCCAUCCAGACUUCGAACUUCAAGUGCAAGAGGAAGACCUGCAUUUUCAACUCAUGCCCGUGAACAUCUUGAGCUUUCUUUUAGAGCUAAUCCAGCCCCGACAAAGUUUCAGUGCAUGGAAAUCAAAGAAAUAACAAAAUUGUCCUAUGAGCAAGUCAGAACUUGGUUUAAUAACAAACGAAGAAGAACUAAAAAAGAUGAAAGUGGUUACUUUAUUCAUGAGAACCAUUACAUUGUUUCAAUUAACCAGUUUUCGAAUACCUGA